AUGACUCGCCAUAUGUUCUUCAUGUUGUGGUUUAGCGAUAUCGACAGACUCAGAUGGUUUGUGACAGAGAAUCCCGAUAAGGAUAUGAAGACAGCUGUGAAGACUCACUUUUUGCUCGAUAACAUUGACGUGCCUGGGCAGUGGGCGGGCAGGAAACAGCCCAAACCCGAAAAAACAGAGAAACCAGCAAAGGGGCGAAAGUGCGAGGCCGACGAUGUGCCCCAACCAACGGGUUCGUCGGAACAAGCUACACGUGGAGUUUCGCCACACAGUAAAGCGGCUAGGGAUGCGGCCUUGGCUCGAGACAGGAAUGCAUGUGUUCUCACCAAGUUCGGUAUACAUGGGUUACAUGUAUCUCACAUCCUCCCAUUCAAGCUAAACAACAGCUCUCGAGAAAUGGAAUGGUCUGUAUUAGAAGCAUUCUGGGGCGCGGACCGAGUGACGAAGUGGAAAGUGGAAAUAAUGACUAGCGCUGAUGAUGAUGAUGAUGCCAAAGUGGAUACUGAGCAAGUGCAGAAUCUCAUCACCUUCAACGCCCUAGUUCAUACCUACUGGGAUGAUGCGUUAUGUGCUCUCCGUCCUAUCUCGAUCAACACGAAGAAGACAUCGAUAGAAGUUGCUUUUCACUGGCUCUCUGCUCCUGGAAAAAUCACGAGUACAGCUUCUGACCAUAUCGAGACAAUGCAGCACCCAUUCCCUCAUGAUAUCAACAGCUUUACAGAAAGCCCAGGCGAAAAUAUCUGUCUCAUUCAUGGUGAGACAAGAUCCAUAGUACGGUCUGGGCAGAUUUUUACCUUGAGGACCGAUGAUCCAAAGAGCAAGCCGCUCCCAUCGAUGGAGCUGUUGGAGUUGCAGUGGAUUCUCCAUCGGAUUGCGGCGACGCGCGGAGCCGCUGAGGAUGAUGAGAGUGAGAUUGACUCCGAUGAUGAUUCAGUUUGUGUCCUUUCGAGAUCACGAGCUCCGGUCGAAGUAGCACCGAGUUUCCACCGGAGAAUAGCCAUCCGGACAUCCCGUCCAUCUCCCUCGCCCGCAACAGAUUCGCCUCAAAGCAAACCUCCCAGUAUGCCAACUCUUUCUCUCGCACAGACAAGAAAUUUGCGCGAAUCCAGGCUUCCUAGGGCGCCGACUCUCUCACUCUCGCCUGUCAGAAUGACCGGCGAAAACAAGCCACCCAGAGCGAGCCAAUCCAUGUCGCCUACAAGGCUUCGGCGUGGGUAUUUGAGCGAUGAAGACCUGGAUCGCUCUGUUGAGUAA